UAUGGCGGUUUUUGAAGUUACUUUUUGAGGGUAACAUUAUAUAAUAGCGUUCAUAAACCUCGCUGGUUGCAAAACGUAGUUGUACAAAGUUGAUUUGCUUGGAGACAGCGCUUUUUGUUCUGUGAAUCUUCUUCUGUGAAUCUUAUUCUUCAUCAUGUCAACGCUUUGGAUGGGUGACCUUGAUUCCUACAUGGAUGAACAGUUUGUAAAAGCUGCAUUUGCAUCUGCAGGUCACGCAGUUGUUAAUGUUAAAAUCAUAAUAAAUAAAAUUACUGGUGGCCCAGCAGGUUAUUGUUUUGUGGAUUUUCAAAGCACAAAAAAUGCUGAAAAUGCUUUAAAUACAUUGAAUGGAAUACCAAUACCUGGCACCAAUCCAGCUAAAAGAUUUAAACUGAAUUGGGCAUCGUACGGCAAAGAGACCCAACCACAGGGGCCAGAAUUUUCUAUUUUUGUUGGUGAUCUGACACCUGAUGUUGACGACACAAUGCUAUUGACCUUCUUUCGUGAUAGAUACCCUUCAUGCAAAGCUGCUAAAGUUGUGAUUGACUCAUCUGGCAUGUCAAGAGGUUAUGGUUUUGUUCGUUUUACAUCGGAAAAUGAGCAGAAACGUGCAAUGAUUGAGAUGCAGGGAGUGAGAGGCUGUGGUGGGAAAGCAAUACGAGUCAGUGUGGCCACGCCGAAAAAGGUUACCAGCAGCACAUCAAGCAGCAGUAAUAACACAUCAUAUUCAACACCAGGUCAACAAUAUCUUCAACAGUACCAACAAUAUCAACAAUAUUAUGCAGCGUGGCAAGCAUCCUAUCAACAACAAGCUCAGGCUGCCGUUGCGGCUCAAUAUUAUCCAAAUUACAGCCAGUAUACUCAACAAUAUGACCAAUAUCAACAAUACGAACAACCAACACAGAAUCCUGAUGUGGAAAGUAUCGCAAACGAGAAUCAGAAUUAUGAAGAAGAAAGUGCAGAGAACAUAUUGGAAGAUCCAGAUGAAAAACUUGAUAUUGCUGCGGAAAACAAAGGCUUGAUAAAUCGUGAAGAGUCUCUUUUCUUGGAACUGGAAGAGUCAAGAUGGCAGCCGCUGGAUUCUGUUACCGCCGGCCCCAGUACACUAGUGGCAUGAGGGAAGUCUGGUGAUCAAUGGAGAUAAGUGAACUUAUCAAUAGCAUUACUGUUAUCCCAGACUCUGAUGACUUUCAACAUCCGGCUCGAGCUGCAAUUAUUAGGUUCAUCCAAGCCUGGCAGAGAAUGGCAAUGUUUCUCAAACAUUAACGUUUUUCCAUUCGUUUUUCGCCUGGUAUUAUAUUACUGUUAUUAUUUUCCCUUGUGAGUUACAAACGCCAUUAUUCACCGUUUAUUUAACUGUCAAAGUUGAAAAAUUUAAUUAAAGUAUGUCUAUAAAUUUCUAGACAAUAAAAUGCGCGUUUCUUUUCCCUCAAGCGUCGGAUGUCACAAUAGACUUGUUUUGACUUGCAAAACUACAGAAGCCACGUGAAAUAUACGUGUAUUCCGAUGCAGAAAAGCUUUCAGAUUUUAAUUUAUGAUAUUGAGGCUUCUCGUGUUUGUUAUUGAGCAAAUAUUGGCAGACUCAUUAACAUUUCCAUAAGGCGCGAGGAUUAACACGUUUUCUUCAACUCUCUUUGUUGAGAAAAUGAAAGUGUUUUGAACGAGCUUGUUAAAUAUGUUUGAUUUUAAACACAACUUGUGAAGAGAAUGAUGGCAGAGAUUGAAAAGCAAAGAGAUGAACCAUUUACCAAGGUAUGGCUAGAUGCAUGUUUUCAAGACGAAAGACAAUUUUCAUUGUAGUAAAUUUGUUUCGUUCAACCAGAAUUCAUCUUUCCUCAUGCAGGCAAAUUCGUGCAAAUUUAAUAACAUUUUCGAAGUAUCUUUGACCCAAUGUCAUUGAGAAUUUGUUAAACUAUCAUAAUAGUGCUCGUAUCU